UCUCUCAAGGCAUGCCACCCUCGUGUGAGUGUAGUCCAGAAGUCCAGAACUUCAAGGAGACUAUUCAGCAACUGGAAGGUCGCUUGGUAAGACAAGAUCACCAAAUUAGAGAACUCAUUGCAAAAAUGGAGACACAACACUCCCAGAUGGGAGAUCUCAAACGCACCAUCCGAACUCUAGAGGAAAAACUUGCUGACGUUGAAGCCCAACAAUGUAAUGGUAUUUUCCUGUGGAAAAUUGAAAAUUUAAGUGUGUAUCUAAAAGCCCAGGAGGAAGAAAGACCAGUUGUGAUCCAUAGUCCAGGUUUCUACACAGGGAAACCAGGAUAUAAACUUUGCUUGCGUCUGCAUAUCCAGUUACCAAGCGCUCAACGUUGUGCUAAUUACAUUUCUCUUUUUGUUCACACCAUGCAAGGGAACUAUGACAGUCAUCUCCCUUGGCCUUUCCAAGGCACCAUACGUCUAUCAAUUUUGGAUCAGUCUGAAGGAUCUCCAAGACACAACCAUGAAGAAGUAAUGGAUACCAAGCCUGAGUUGCUAGCCUUCCAACGUCCUAUGGUCCAUCGCAACCCAAAGGGCUUUGGAUAUGUAACUUUUAUGCAGGUGCAAGCCCUAAAACAAAGAACAUAUAUAAAAGAUGAUAGUCUCUUGGUACGGUGUGAAGUUUUAACACGUUUGGACUUAACCAGUCUCCAAAGGGAAGGUUUUCAGCCUCGUAGUACAGAUGGAACAUCAUAGCCUAUUGUCCAGUCUUGAUUGUUAUGUAAUUAUGAAAACCAAGCUUGGUUUAAAUUAUUUGGCUCCCUAAGGGGGAGCAGCAAAUGAAGCUCCUGUUUCAAAAAGAAAAAAGUCAUGAUGUUAACCCAAGGUAGCAAAAUUCUGGUAGUACCACUUCCUACUCCUUAGGAAUCAAAAAGCAGCAAUA